AGGGACGGCUACAUGGCCGCGUGCGGGCUUCCGCGCGAGCGCUUAGACCACGCGCACGCGACGGUGCAAAUGGCGCUCGACUUGGCGUUCUCCAUUAAGCAGAUCAACCUCAUGCUGGGGUCCAGCAUCGACGCGCGAUUCGGUGUAAAUACGGGGCCGGUCGUGGCAGGGGUUACAGGAACACGGAAGUUCAUCUACGAUAUUUGGGGCGACACAGUCAAUACAUCCUCCGAAGCACUCCCUUGCCCCCUGGUCUGUUGAUAUGAUGUCUGUGUUAGGAGGGGGAAAUUGACGCUGAAGGACGCUUCGGCAGUCGGAAUGAUUCUGAAGUCUCGCUCUCGAUACCCAGCAAGCUUCUUUUCAAUCUUCUUUGAAUGUCAAGCACAUGGGGCCUGUUUAUCACGCCGCUUGUCGCUAAACAGUUAAGUCUGCUGCUUCAGGAAUGCCCUGACACUUCUUCUUUCCAAGACUCGGACUGUUUUCGGGCAACCGCAACCCUUCUGUCACAUUCAUUAUCCGUUAACGCGUCCUCUGAAAAGGGUUGUGAAAUUCUCCUUGACACGAUAUGACCGCACGUUGCCAGCCGCAUGGAGACCAACGGCGUGCUGGGCUGUGUGAAUAUCUCCAAGGAGACCCGGGACGAGAUCGCGGAAGACUUUUCCUGCCAGGAGCGAGAGCCUAUUCACAUCAAGGGCAAGGGUAUCAUGAUCUCUUACCUCGUCACGGGGCCGAAGCACACGCUGGGGGGUUCCCCUCCGCUGCCUGAAACGGCAAUUUCCAGCGCCUCGGGCGAUUCUCCCGCCCUCGGUUUCCCCCUCGUCGACGCCCUGUCACUAACCCGGGGCGACCUCGUCCCUGGCAUCGUCAGCCUGAUGGUCGCCGCGGGCGCGCUGGACGCGCUGAAGAUCGACACGUGCCUGCUCGAGCGCUUCGCGCGCCACGUGGACGCGCAGCACGACGACCGCGUGCCGUACCACAACAUGUGCCACGUGUACAACGUGGUCCAGAUGCUGUGCGUGUUUCUAGGCUGGCCGGAGGUGCGCGCGAAACUGGAGCCGCUCGAGGUCGCGGCCGUGCUGAUCGCGGGCUUGUGUCACGACCUGGGCCACGUGGGCCUGACCAACGACUUCCUGAAGGAGAUUCAGGCGCCGGCCGCGAAGCGCUUCCCGACGAGCACCAACGAGCGCCUCCACUUUCAAAACCUCGAAACCCUGCUGAGCGCAUCCGAAACGGACAUCUUGAGCGAGCUGUCCGAAUCGGACCGGGCGAGGCUGCUUGACACCGUGGCGGAGUGCAUCGGCGCGACCGACAUGGCGCGGCACGGGACGCUUCUGCAAAAGUGGCGCCGGUGGGCGGAGAUGGGCGUCGACUGGCGGGACCGGUCGAACCGCAACUUCUUGGCGAGCCUGCUCAUGAAAUGCGCUGACAUCGGCAACGAAGCCCGGGGACCGCAGGCGGCGCAGUUCUGGGUUGCACGCCUGUACGCCGAGUUUCGGAACCAGAUCGACAUUGAGCGGGCCUUGGGGAUGAAAGAGUCCCCCAGCGCGAAGCUUGUCGAAGCGGAUUUGUACCAAUCGCAGCUCUAUUGGUGCGAGAAAGUGACCAUCCCCUUAUUCAAGCUCCUAGCGGCGUUGGCACCAUGCACAGGGAUAGAUUCGCUCUUGGACAACCUUGAUGAGACCCGCAAGUUUUGGAAACUUCAAGCAAGUCGACGCAAAGUGUUCUGAGGAUCGACUGUACAAAGAGCAGGCAAGCAGAACAAGAUGAUUGAUGCUCGCGCGGCUGAUCAUUGUAGUGUAAUGUUGAACACAAUAGUGUUGAAUUGGGACAAAAUGACAGAACGAAAUAGUUUUGAGAAACGAACACGAACGUCGGAUCCAGAGGUGCUGAUAUGUAAGCGCUCUGUACAACUUGUGAUCUCUCUUUGCUUCAAUUAGACUGCAAGAAGCAGACGUGAAUACUCUAUCAAGCAAAGAAACGCUGAAGCUGGCCCGCGUGUUAGCGGUACGACGGUGUACAUGAUUGCACGCCCACGCGCAUCGUAUGUUAUGAUCAGUCAGGUGCCAGGACAAUCGAUCUAGUGAACUCGAUCACUACAUUGCAAAGGCUACCG